GACCAUGAAGUAAGUACCAAGCACCAAAGACGGCACUCCGCUUCGAAUUCAUCACUAUAUAUACUCGACACAUUACCCAUCGCAUGUAUCAACGGUUAUCAUUCAGACCACGAUGCCUUCCACUUUCACCCAUGAGUUCAACCAUCCCACUUUCAAGGGGAACGUCUCGUUCAGCACUGGCAUUUUUAUCAACGGCCAGUUUGUCGACGGUUCUGAUAACACCACGAUCGACUAAUGGGAAGGUCCUCACUAAAAUAUCAGAAGCAACAGCAAAUGACGUCGACAUCGCAGUUGAAGCAGCCCAAAAGGCCUAUGACACAGUUUGGGGAUUGAACGCACCAGGAGCUUUGCGUAGCAAACUCCUCACAAAGCUUUCAUUGCUUAUGGCCGAACAUGCGGAUGAACUUGCAGCCAUCGAGGCUCUUGAUAACGGCAAGACUUUUGGCUGGGCACGGAACGCUGAUGUCGCAGGGUCCAUCGACUGUAUUCGGUACUAUGGAGGAUGGGCAGACAAAAUUUCAGGACAAACCAUCGAGACCACCGAAAAAAAGCUCGUCUACACACGCCAUGAACCAAUGGGCGUUGUCGGUCAAAUCAUCCCAUGGAAUUUCCCAUUAUUGAUGCUUUCAUGGAAACUCGGCCCCGCCCUUGCGACAGGAAACACGAUUAUUUUGAAGCCCUCUGAGUUUACGCCCCUAACCGCCAUUCGGAUGUGUCAGCUCAUCAAUGAAGCAGGCUUUCCCCCGGGUGUCGUUAACAUACUCACAGGAUAUGGUCACACCGUCGGUAACGCCAUAUCGUCGCACAUGAAAAUCGAAAAGGUGGCUUUCACGGGUAGCACGCUUGUGGGUCGCAAGAUCAUGGAGGCUGCAUCGAAGAGUAACCUGAAGAACGUUACGCUCGAACUUGGUGGAAAGAGUCCAAACAUCAUAUUUGACGACGCCGAUUUGGAUCAGGCCGUCAACUGGGCAGCGUUUGGUAUAUUCUGGAAUCAUGGUCAGACAUGUUGCGCAGGUUCACGGAUCUUCGUUCAUGCGAAAGUCUACGACGAGUUUUUGGCUCGAUUCACCGCAAAGACGCAGUCCCUGAAGGUUGGCGAUCCCUUCUUACGUGAGACUUUCCAGGGCCCACAGGUAUCAGAAGUCCAGUACAACCGUAUCAUGAGUUAUAUCAAUUCUGGAAAGCAAGAAGGUGCUACGGUGCAUAGUGGUGGAGAGCGCCACGGCACCGAAGGUUUUUUCAUUCAGCCAACCAUCUUCACAAACACGAAGCCUGAUAUGAAGAUCGUGCAAGAAGAAAUAUUCGGACCUGUGGGCGUUGUGAUCAAAUUUGAAGACGACGAAGACGUGGUGCGCCAAGCAAAUGAUACGGUGUACGGGCUUGCUGCCGCACUGUUCACCACGAACCUGAACCGGGCUAUUUCUGUGGCACACAAACUUAAGGCUGGUACAACGUGGAUCAAUUGUGUGAAUCAGUUGCAUUCGAACGUGCCAUUCGGAGGCUUCAAACAGAGUGGUAUUGGCCGUGAACUUGGAGAGUAUGCACUGCACAACUAUUCCAACGUCAAAGCGGUGCACAUCAACCUUGGUCACGAGAUGACGCUGAAUGCUAUGGGUUAAUUUAGGAGUGGAAGAAGUUUUAUGAAGUCAAAUAUAUGUAUGAUCGUCAUCGUCGAUAUCAUAUCCAUUGUAUCAUGUACAUUUCAUGCUAUAUCGUUUUAUGCGAGUCCUAUGCGACAGACCAGACAUU